ACAUCGUUAAGACCACUAGUAAAUAAAACUGCUUCGUUGUGAAAACGCUAAGAAAUAUAGCAUUUUUACAAACUCGAAAUGAGCCGUUUACUUUCUCACUGGCUGGUGACUAUUUCUCUCAUCUUCAAUACAAAGAUUGUGAAGAGUAAAGGCGUUUUAAAGUUGACUUUCAACGAUUACAAUAAUCCUGGAAAAGGAGAUUAUGAUGGUGGUUGUUGCGAUCCAAUCUUGUGUGGAGGAUGUGAAACUUAUUUCGAGAUAUGUCUGCAAUCGUCUUACAUUCCCGUUCAUAGCACAAAAAAUUGCAUGGUUUAUGUGAAUACUAAGCAUCACAAAGGUGAUAGUUUCAAUUUCAAGAAAGUUUAUGGAACUUUUUUUGGUAUAAACAAUGAAAGAAAUCCGUUGGUCUAUAAUUUUGACAACAACUGGAAGGGAACGUUCAGUAUUCUAAUGAAGAUAUGGGAUGACGAUAGUGGCCGAAUCUUUAACGUUGGAGGGCAACGGGAUCUGAUUGAUAAUGUAUAUGGGAGCUUUAGGAAGCUUGUUGCUGGUCGUUAUUCACAUCAACCCAAAGUAUUUUUGAGAACGCUGACUGGGUCAAGAAAAGGCUCUGGUGUCAAGCCUCCCACCACUACGACUAUCACUUUGAGCCUACAGUGUCACCAGUAUUAUUAUAACGGCUAUUGCUCCAGGUACUGCAAGGCUCAGUACAGUAUUGCUGCUGGUCACUAUACUUGUGAUGCCUACGGUCGCAAAAUCUGCAGGAAAGGUUGGCUAGGAAGAGAUUGUAAAACACCUUUGUGCAAUAAAAACUGCAACAAUGGAAGAUGCAGUAGGCCUGGCAUAUGCAAAUGUCAUGCGCACUGGACAGGAGAUACUUGUGAGAAAUGUAUUAAAAAAAGGGGAUGUUUGAAUGGUGUCUGUAAAGUUGGUAAUGACUGCAUAUGUUUGCCUCAAUGGAAUGGCAGCCUAUGCGAUCAAGAUAUGAAUUCAUGUCGAAGUCAACCGUGUCAAAACGGUGGUCGUUGUUACAACAAAAAGAACUCAUACAAAUGUCAAUGUGUUGCUGGUUAUCGUGGAAAUCGUUGCGAGGAAGAAAUCAAUCUAUGUUCAUCAGUUCCCUGUGCAAACAGCUCGUCAUGUAUCAAUUAUCGCACUGACUUUAAAUGUAUCUGUCGUGCUGGAUUCAACGGUCGUUUGUGUCAAAAUAACAUUGACGAUUGUGUUUCUAAUGACUGCACUAAUGGAAAUUCGUGUUUGGACGGUUAUAACAACUAUUCAUGUUCCUGUACCCCUGGAUAUACGGGUUUUUACUGCAAUGUUGAUAUCGAUGAUUGUGCAAACCAAACCUGCUCACACAAUGGAAUUUGUAAAGACGACAUCAAUGACUACAUCUGCAGUUGUUUUCAUGGAUUCGAAGGUCGAAAUUGUGAAAUAAAUAUUGAUGAGUGCGUCCUUAAUCCUUGUCAGAAUAAUGGGACUUGUCUUGAUGGAAUUGACGAUUAUUCUUGCAAAUGUGCUGAAGGAUGGCUCGGUAAAAAUUGCACAUCAAAUCGUGACGAAUGUGCAGGUGAUCCAUGUCGUAACAAUGGUACUUGUCAUGAUCUUAUCAACAAUUACAACUGUUCUUGCUUAUCUGGUUUCACUGGCAAAGAUUGUCAAAUUAACAUUAAUGACUGUGUGGCCAAGCCUUGCCAACAUAACGGUAUCUGUAUUGAUGGUGUUGAUUCUUUCUCUUGUCUUUGCAAACCUGGCUACACUGGUUUACAUUGUGAAGUGAAUAUUGAUGAGUGUCAAGAUAGUCCGUGCAUUUACGGUCAGUGUAAAGAUGGUAUCAACCAGUAUCAUUGCAACUGCUCACGUGGUUACGAAGGUCAUGAUUGUGACAUUGAGAUAGACGAGUGUCAAUCAGUACCAUGUCUUAAUAAUGCUACCUGUGUUGAUGAAGUUGGCAAUUUUUCUUGCGCUUGCGCACUUGGUUACCAAGGUCGGCAAUGCGAGAUGCGUAUUGACUAUUGCAUGAAUAUCACUUGUCUAUAUGGUGGUGUGUGUGUGAACAGACGAUCAGGCUAUCUUUGUAACUGUCCCUAUGGUUACAAUGGAACGGUUUGUGAGCACACGCCUUGCACGUGGCAGCCAUGUAGGAACAACGCAUCAUGUUUGCUCAAUAAUAACACCUUGCGAGGAUAUGAAUGUGAUUGCUCUCCUCUCAACACACGCUACGUUCUAAAAUAUACAGGGGAGUUUUGUGAGAAAGAUAUUGAUAACUGUGAUCCGACCAAUUACAACUUUGAUGAAAGUAUUAACAUCACAGAAAAUGGGUUUUGCGGGUAUAAUGGCCGCUGUGUUGAUCAUAUCGGAUAUCAUACGUGCGAAUGUGAAGAAGGUUGGACUGGGGUCGCUUGUCAGAUAGAUGUUGAUGAAUGCUUAAGUUAUCCUUGUCGUAAUAAUGGAGAAUGUCGUGAGAAUGCUGCGGGAUCUGGGUACGAAUGUCUAUGCCCUUCUGGCUACCAUGGAAAGAACUGCGAGACAAUUGCUAAUCCAUGUGACAGUAAUCCAUGUUGCAAAGGCGCUAUUUGCAAAUAUGACGUCAACUCGUUUACUUGUCUUUGUUACAAUGGACUUAAAGGACCUUCAUGUUGCUCUAAUACAACCUGGUGUUCCAAUGAUUUAUUUAACGUAUCAACAUGUAGCGAUCGUGGAAAAUGUUUCAACUUAGAAAACCAAUUUAAUUGUUCUUGCUAUCGCGGAUGGACUGGGUCUCGAUGCGAAGAAGAUAUCAAUGAGUGUGCAAUGAAUCCCUGUGUCAAUGGGGUAUGUAGGAACACUCAUGGAUUUUAUCAAUGCCUUUGUGAAGAUGAUUAUAUUGGUUUGAAUUGUGAUGAAAAAAUUGAUGAUUGUCAUAAUAUCACGUGCGAAAACAAGGGUAUGUGUAUCGAUGGUGUUCAUAAUUUUACCUGUGAAUGCACACCAGGAUUCACGGGAAGGUAUUGUGAAACAGAUAAUGAAUUGCCUUUGCCAGCGCUAAAACAAGUUGCCAGGACUCGUCGUGCAUCAAAUCUUUCUCUUAUUAUUGGUGUAUCGGUCUCCUUUAUUGUACUCUGCACAGCUGUAAUGCUGGUUUUUCUUCGCUAUAAAAAACGUCUUCAGUGUCGUCGUAAUGUAGUUGAUGAUGUCAGAAACAUCAAUGUACCAUCCGUGGACGCUUCUGAAUACAUCAUGUUCACGAAUCCUUUGUAUCGGAUGCAUUAUAGCAAAAAUGAAGAGGUCAACACAAGCUCUCGCAAGGUCUCCCAUUGUUGAGUCACUAAAAAAUUUAAAUGUUUGUAUCUAAAUAAUAAUUUAUCACUCUGGGCGAUUUCCAAUGUAGAUCCAAACUUGUGCCGAAAGCUUUAAUAUCAAAAAUCAAUAAAAAUAUCCGAAACAACGAUGCCAGAUAAAA